CAGCAGGGGACUUUGAUAACGACUUUUACUCAAGCAUUGAUCUUCAACCAUAUCGACAAAAUGGCAAAGAGCGCACGAGCAAGCACCAGAAAGGCCAACAACAGGCGCCUUGUUAAAAAUGUUUUUGGUCCCGCCGAGGCUGCUCGAAAUGAGCGUCUCUCUGCUAAGCUCCUUGAGUUGGCCAAGCAGCCCAAGCCUGAGUCUUCAGAUGUGAACAUGAACACACAAGAAGAGGACGCCAACGACGAUGCCAAGGAGGAUGUUCAAGACAAUGAAGUCACAUCAAUGGAUGUGGACUCAAAGAAGCCUUCAAGUGGUCGCAUUGAGAAGAAGCGAGUCGACAAGCGCAAGCAAAAGGCUUCCAAGAUUGUCUUCAAGUCUUACGGUGGUCGAUCCAAGGGCAAGAAGAAGAGCUCUUAAUUGAACUUGGGGUAAAAUUGUUUUCUGGUCUUUAUUCUGGGGGUUUUUAUCCAUUCAUCGGCGUUUAGCAGCACAAUCUAAAUCAAUCUGAAUCUGUGAUACCCGAAAUUUCCAUCUAGAUUUGCC